GCAGGGGAAAUGAAAAGCCUUGGCGGCACAUCGUCAAGUGAUUUCACACCCAAAUUCUGACAGCCUCCAUUUCGUGGCUAUUGGCGAUGCAGUGGAACCAAGUCGCGUCUGCCAUGCGUGGCGGAUGGCGAUUCCGAGUUGCAGGUGUUGCAGAGGAGGGCCGUAGCAAAGGAGAUGGCUCAUGUGAGGAAGGAAUAAAAGAGAUCGUAGCGAUUCCCAGAUCAAGCGUGCUCACAACCGCACGGGGCGAUUGUCUUCUCUCGGCGCAAGGUUGCGCUGUUGGGAAAUUGAAGUCGCACACCAUAGCGUUUGAAGCGAAAGCAGUGCCAGUCGCAAAGAUGGGUCGGUUUUCUGCGGCCUUGGCCGUUGCCAGCUUGGUCAUCCUGGCUUGCGCUCUCCAUGUCGCCGAUGCCAAGGCGCCAUGUCCGUGCGCCCCUGGGACGAAGCGCUGCUGUAAGGACGGUCCCUGCCUCAAGUGCUGCAAGGAUUGUGAUUGCGGCCCCGGGAAGAAGUGCGUCAACGGAGAGUGCAAGCCGUCGUGCGGCUGCCCGCCUGGACUGAAGCGAUGCUGUAAGGACGGUCCCUGCGUGAAGUGCUGCAAGGACUGCGACUGUGGCCCGGGGAAGAAGUGCGUCAAGGGAGAGUGCAAGCCCUCGUGCUGCCCCGAAGGACUGAAGCGCUGCUGCAAGGACGGCCCCUGCGUGAAGUGCUGCAAGGAUUGCGACUGUCCCAAGGGGCACAAGUGCGUCCAGGGACAGUGCAAGUCCCCGUGCGGCUGCCCGACCCGGCUGAAGCGCUGCUGCAAGGACGGUCCCUGUGUGCAGUGCUGCAAGGAUUGUGACUGUGGCCCCGGGAAGACGUGCGUCAAGGGAGAGUGCAAGCCCUCGUGCUGCCCGCUUGGACUGAAGCGCUGCUGUAAGGACGGUCCCUGCGUGAAGUGCUGCAAGGACUGCGAAUGUCCCAAGGGGCAGAAUUGCGUCAACGGACAGUGCAAGUCCCCGUGCGGCUGCCCGACUGGACUGAAGCGCUGCGUUCCCCUAGGUGCAUGCGUGAAGUGCUGCAAGGAUUGUGACUGUGGCCCCGGGAAGACGUGCGUCGACGGAGAGUGCAAGCCCUCGUGCUGUCCCAACGGACUGAAGCGCUGCUGUAAGGAUGGCCCCUGCGUGAAGUGCUGUAAGGAUUGCGAUUGUCCCAAGGGGCACAAGUGCGUCCAGGGACGGUGCAAGCCCCCGUGCGGCUGCCCUCUUGGAUUGAAACGGUGCUGUGAGGGCGGUCCCUGCGUGAAGUGCUGCAAGGAUUGCGAUUGUCCCAAGGGCCACAACUGCGUCAAGGGACAGUGCAAGCUUCCGUGCUGCCCCAAGGGACAGAAGCGCUGUGUGCCCUGCGGUCCGUGCAAGAAGUGCUGCAAGGAUUGUGAGUGUGCCACCGGGGAGAAGUGUGUCCUGGGAGAGUGCAAGCGCCCGUGCGCAAACGCAACGGUCACAACUAUCCACAAGUAAGCCAUGACGGAAGAAGCGCUGCAAUGGUCGUCAUGGUGGGCGCGCGGGAAGAAGUGCGUUCACUGACGGUGCAACCCUGCGUGCAGGUAAUGAGUGGUGAACGGAUUGGUGCAGCACAAUUGCUUUUCGUGAAGCACCAUUAGCAGAAGCGGACGAAGCGCUGAGGCUGUCUGCAGUACGCAUUGGUGCAAGUCAGCUUGCUUACCUUACUCUGGUUCACAACUACCCGCGGGCUCGACAACUUGGGUUGAACGAUGCGACAGAUUUAGCGGGUAGGUUUCCUUCGUAGGAAACAAUAGAGGAUCGAGGUUGAUCCGCAUCCGCCAUGAUUGCCACUAGGUUACCGYSUUCAGUUUUCACGAGUCCUCACAAAAUCGAACUAGGCUCACUACCAACACCCGAGCCGCUGAAGUUCCGACUGCCAACACCGGGAGUUGUGCAAAAGGCACAGUGCACAGAGCGACAGCAGUGUGCUUUGUCGCUCUUGGUUUCACCCGAGCAGAGCCGGCCGGAUCUGCUUUAUUGUUUGCUCUCUUAACAACAAUGAAAUCAACUUCUCAUUUUCGC